UCUGUUAUACGCUAGCAGUUAAUUACAUUUAAUUAAAGUCAAUUUUAAAGUAAAACAAUAUAAUCGGACGCGUCAGGGAGUUGGUCGUGUGUAGUUUUGUUCGCUAAUCGAGUUUGUCAGGACAGCCCGCAUAUCAGUUAGCCACUGACCUCGCGGAGUUUCGCACACGCGCGGCUACGAAUUAUAUCCCGCGAUUUUAAGCGUUCGAUAUUUAAAUAUUUGUCAUUUUAUAUUUAAAUUAAAAUUAAACCUUUUAAAUACAAAAGGCCAUCACUAAUAUUUUUCUUAAUUUAAAAAAUAAUUUUGCAAUAAUAGUUUCGUUACAAGUCGCGCAAAACAUUUUGUGACUGAAAAACGAUCGAUCAUGAAAUAAAACUUUUUUUAAGUAAUAAUUUAAGUGUUUUAGUGAAAAUGUCGAGUGCUUUAGCUAAACUUCAGGGCUUGGGACAGAAGGUGAAGAAAUUGGAUCACCAUGACUGCAGAACACUACAAGUUAACAUGCCUACCCCCAGUUCAGUGGAUGUGGAAUUCAGCAAUAUUACUCUGACUGUGUCUGAUGGAAUCAGAUCUAAAAACAAGAAGACGAUCUUGAAGGGAGUGUCCGGUCGGUUCAGGUCUGGCGAGCUGGCGGCCAUCAUGGGUCCCUCUGGAGCUGGGAAGUCCUCGCUCAUGAACGCACUUACUGGUUUCUGCACAACGGGCGUAUCAGGCACGAUCAGCGCCGGCGACAGCGUGUGCGAGCUCGGGGGCAAGAAGACUUCACUGCGGAGCCUGCAGUCCUACCGCAAGAAGUCCUGCUACAUCCUCCAGGACGACAGGCUCAACCCGCUGUUCACUGUGGGCGAACUCAUGAAAUUCGCCGCCGAUAUGAAGCUCGGACACACUUUCACGGAGAAGCUUAAGUAUACUGUGAUACACGAAAUCCUGGACACGCUAGGACUAUCUGGCACGGAGAUGACGCGCUGCUGCAACCUGUCGGGUGGGCAGAGGAAGCGACUGUCCAUCGCCGUGGAGCUCAUCGACAACCCGCCUGUGAUCUACCUCGACGAGCCCACCACGGGUUUGGACAGUCUUACGUCCGGACAGUGUAUAGAGAUGCUCAAGAACUUGGCUCGCAAUGGCCGCACCAUUGUCUGCACCAUCCACCAACCUUCAGCUUCUGUCUACACCAUAUUUGACCAGGUUUACAUCUUGGCUGAGGGCAUGUGCAUAUACAACGACUCUAGCGCCAACACGGUCCCAUACUUGGCGACACUUGGUUUCCAGUGUCCCAUGUACCACAACCCGGCCGAUUAUAUUCUGGAAAUAGCAAACAAAGAGUACGGCAACUUCAACGAGCUGCUGGCUCAGAAGGUGAGGUUGUCUGACCGCAGUGAGAAGCCCCGGCUGCCUCCCGCCAGCGUGGACGAGAGUGACGCCUUCCAAUGUGGCAAGAUCUCCAUCAUCGUCCGGCCCCCGCAUGAGGUCUACCGGUUCACUACCCUUGUCAAGAGGUGUUUGCUGCAGCAGUACCGCGAUUGGACUGUAACCCACCUGAAGGUGGUGCUGCACAUCGUGAUCGGGGUUCUCCUGGGCCUCUUUUACGAGAAGGCCGGCAACGACGGCUCCAAGACCAUCAACAACAUGGGCUUCCUCAUCAUCUCUGCCGCUUACCUCUGCUACACAUCGCUGAUGCCUGCUGUUCUUAGAUUUCCUGCCGAGCUACCUGUGUUGAAGAAGGAGAAUUUCAACAACUGGUACAAGCUCAGCACAUACUACGCGGCGGUCCUUCUGACUGGAAUACCGAUACAGAUAUGGUACAGCUUCGUGUACUCAGUUCCGUCAUACUUCUUAUCUGGGCAGCCCCUAGAGUUGUCCCGGUUCUUCAUGUUCGUCAUGGUGUUGGCACACAUCACCCUGCUCGCUGACGCCGUCGGCAACGUCAUCGGAACCCUGGUCAAUCCUAUUAACGGUACCUUCUUCGGCGCGAUCACGACGUGCGCAAUGAUAGUGUUCGCUGGUUUCCUGGUACUGCUGCAGCACAUGAGCCCGGCAAUGAGGAUCAUCUCGUACUUCUCCUUCCUGCGGUACGCCUUCGAAGCUCUCGUGCUGUCCGUGUACGCCUUUGGACGACAGCCGCUUGAAUGCCCUGACACGAAGUUGUAUUGCCAUUUAAGGUUGAAAAUAUUUUUUCUAAGCUUUUUACUACUAAAAACAGUAAACUUAACUGAUGUCACAUACUACGAAAUACUUGGUAUAUCGAAACAAGCUUCGACACAGGAAAUUAGACAAGCUUACAAGAAAUUGGCGGUAAAGUUUCACCCAGAUAAAAAUCCUGGAGAAGCAGAACAAGAAAAGUUUUUAAAAAUCACAGAAGCAUAUGAAACACUGAAAGACCCAGAUAAGAGGCACAAGUAUGAUGUAUACGGCAGCUACCAAUCAUACACCAGGAAAUAUGAUUACCACAGCCAGACAGAGUACAACAACUUGUUCUACAACGGACUGUAUCAUGAUGACCCAUUUGUUGAUACACUGUCAAGCGGCAGUUUUUACACCUACUUAAAAGAAGGAUUUCAUUUCAUAAACUUCUAUUCGCCAUUCUGUCCACCCUGUCAAAACUUAGUGGAUCACUGGAAGAAGUUAGCUGAAAUGUAUAAAGGAAUUGUAAAAAUAGCUGCAGUAAAUUGUAAAUAUUACAACAACUUCUGUUAUAACUCCAUGAGAAUUGGCAGCUACCCAACAUUAUUGUUUUAUCCCUAUGGUAGAAAAGGCAGCUACAUAUACUACAGAGGCGAACGCACCAUAGACGCAUUGGAUCAGUUUGUGAUGACCUACAUAAAGAACCAAAUUCAUGUUCCUGUCAUUACCCAGAUUAGGAGUUCUGAUAAACCCAUAGCUUAUGUGCUAGGCAGCAACAGAAUUGAGGACAAUGCAUUAACGAGGAUCGCCUAUCACUUGAAAGGUCUAGUAACAGUAGCCGUAGUGGAAGAUGACGGACUUCGCGCAAAAUUAACCAAAGACGAAUACACGACAAUGGUAUUCAAGUUCAAAGGAACCACUAAAGAGAUUGAGAGCACAGAGGAGAGGGAUAUUCUGAAGGAGAUCGUCGCAGCUCUACCGAAGGUCGAGUUGAUAGACCCCGAAAGGUUAAAGAAAAUCAGAAACCAACUACGUAGUGGCCACCAAACCCCGUGGGUGAUCUACUUCUCAUCCAAAGAGAACGAUCAAGAACGACUGACGCUGCAUCAGAUGAUAGUUUCACAUCCUGACAUGCACUUUGGUGAAAUCGACUGCGAUACGUGGAACGAGCUUUGCGCAUCGCUACAAGUAGAAGAGACCCCUGACUGGGGAGUACUGAAGCCGGGGGGCGCGUACCAACGAGUGACCAAGCCUGGAUUAGUCUCCCUCGCUGUCACCGCUGUCAGACUACACUCGCUGUCUGCUACCGAGCUAGAGAGAAUAUUGGCUGGCGAUGCAGGCACAUGGGUGUUAGCGGUGGUUCCGUACAAACUAUCGUGGGAUCACAUCGCCGAGCCGUUCACGCAAGUCAGCUUGCAUUUCGCCGACACCGACGAUGACAUCAGUUUCGGCAUAAUGGUAUGCACACUAAACACAGACAAGUAUUGCCGACAAGUGGCUUCGGACCAGCCCGCGAUAUUAGUACAGUCUGGUCAUCAGAGACACUACUACAGCGGGCGCGUCCAGGAGACAGAGUUACUCGAGUUCAUUGACCUGCUGCUCGAUACACAAGACAUGGAGUUAAACGAGCAACAGAUCUUAGAGAUAAUGUCCCCUCAACGCUCCCACACGUGGGUGGUGGCGUUCCUGCCGGCACACUGUGGCCGCCUCUGUGACGACCUACUGCACCAAUGGAGGCUCGUCGCUAACAAACUGCGACCGUUAGGGUUCGUCCGUGUGGGCGCGAUGCAAUGCGCCCACUACACGGGCGGGUUCUGUAGCAAUGUGCGCGCGCCGACGGCGCGGCUAUAUCCCUUCGCUUCCGGGCAGCAUUAUACAGUAAGCCUACAACACCUGGGCCAAGCCCCGUACAUGCUGGAAUGGGCGCUGGAGUACAUCGACGACUCAGUGCUCAAGCUCACCUGGCAGACCUUCUCUCGACACGUCAUCGCUGAGGAGCUGACUCCCACCAGUGGCAAGAAACCCUGGUUGGUCUACUUCCACUCCCCGCGAUGCUUCCGGUGCUAUGAAAUGUACGCCGACUUCGCCAUCGCUGGUAUUCUCCUAAACAAUGCAGUGCAAUUAGGCAAAGUGAACUGCAUGAACGAGCGCGGUUUGUGCCAACACGAACAAAUUACGAGCUACCCGUCUCUCCGUCUAUAUCUUGGAAGAAACCACCAACACAGAUUUAGCAGCGUUAUAUCUAUACCUGUUAAGGAGUAUACGAGUAUGUUGGAAGAAAUCAAGCCACAUCUGAGGAAAUAUGAUCCCCAUUUGUUAGCGGAAAUUGACGAUAUAAGAGUCAGAAGUCAUGGGUUCCAUGAUGAGUUUUAGUAUGAACACCAUGCCAGCGAAAGUUGCAAUAUAACUACUUGGCAUAUGAACCAUUCUGCUGUGCUGUAGAUCAGGGUUAAAAAGGCCGCAUUGAAGCAAUUCAUUUAAAAAAGCAAUAUUGCAAUUUAACAUUGCGCACAUUUUUUUAUGCGCAAAUGUCAAAUAGCAAUAUCGCUUUUUUAUGUGAAUUGCUUGAAUGCGACCUUUUUAGACUCUCAGUUGUUGUAUAUAGGUAGUGUUGAAUGAACAUAUUAGUUUAAGUGUAACGGCGAGAAGAUUAAAAAACUGAUCAAAUCGAUCUCUAAUAACGUAAGUGGAAUUGAGGCUUCAAAUCAAAAAAUGACUAUUAAUUACUUAAUAAUGCCAAGCUUUCUUUCGCGUAAAAUUAUUAAUGUAGAUAACGCUUCGAUUCCCGCAGACACCUUAUUUUAUUUUAAGUUAUACCCGUCAUUUUCUUAUCUACCGAAAAGGAAAGGGACGGGAGAUUGACAACUGUUAAUUUUAAAAUGAAUGAGUUAUCCGUGCGAAUUUAUAGGCAUCUCGCUGUUAUGCAACCCGUUUCACAUGUGCUGUCAACUUAAUUCUGUUACUAACCAAUAUAAAAUUUUGGGAGUUUUUUUAAAUUUCUGCCUAAAAUUUUCAUGUGCGUUUCAUAAAUUUUAUGACUGUCCUUUUCCUUUUCGGCGAAUAAGAAAGAUGGUGUAUACUGGAAUCGGCACC